AUGCUUCCCACCAUGCGUUUCAUCUGUCUGCUCGUCGUCAUCACCCUGUGCUUGGUGCAGGUGGUAUUAGCGGCGGAGGACUACUACAAGAUCCUGGGGCUGGACAAGUCGGCCUCGGAACGCGACAUCAAACGCGCCUACCGCACCCUGAGCAAAAAAUUCCACCCGGACAAGAACCCAGGCGACGAGACCGCGCAGAAAAAAUUCGUCGAAGUCGCCGAAGCCUACGACGUCCUGUCGACGCCGACAACGCGCAAGAUCUACGACCAACACGGCCACGAGGGCGUCGAGCAGCACCGCCAGGGCGGUGCUGCCGGGCGGCAGGCGCACGACCCGUUUGAUCUGUUCUCGCGGUUCUUCGGCGGCGGCGGCCACUACGGGCACGCGCCGGGCCACCGGCGCGGCCCGGACAUGGAGUUCCGGGUGGGCAUGCCGCUGCGCGACUUCUACAACGGCCGCGAGGCGACGAUCACGCUGGAGAAGCAGCAGAUCUGCGACGCGUGCGAGGGCACGGGGUCGGAGGACCGCGAGGUCAUCACGUGCGACAAGUGCUCCGGGCGCGGCAUGGUCAUCCAGAAGCACAUGCUGGCGCCGGGCAUGUUCCAGCAGGUGCAGAUGCCGUGCGACAAGUGCGGGGGGCAGGGCAAGAAGAUCAAGAAGCCGUGUCCUGUGUGCCAAGGGCACCGGGUGGUGCGGCGCGACGUCGACACGACGUUUACGGUGGAGCCGGGCAUGGACAAGGGCACGCGGAUUGUGUUUGAGAACGAGGCGGACGAGAGCCCCGAUUGGAUUGCGGGCGAUCUGGUGCUGAUUCUGGAGGAGCGCGAGCCGCAGCUGGGGCAGACGGAUCGCGAGCGCACGGACGGCACGUUCUUCCGCCGCAAGGGCCGCGACUUGUUCUGGAAGGAGGCGCUGUCGCUGCGCGAGGCGUGGAUGGGCGAAUGGACGCGCAACAUCACGCACCUCGAUGGCCAUGUCGUCCAGCUGGGCCGCAAGCGCGGAGAGGUCGUGCAGCCGCUGUCCGUGGAGACGAUCAAGGGCGAGGGCAUGCCGUUCUACUCGGAGGGCCAUCUCCAUGAUAGCCAUGACGAUGAGCCGGGCAAUCUCUACGUCGAGUACACGGUCAUCCUGCCGGACCAGAUGGAGAGCGGGAUGGAGAAGGAGUUCUUUGCGCUGUGGGAGAAGUGGCGCAAGAAGAAUGGCGUUGAUUUGGGGAAGGAUAGUGGCCGGCCUAUUGCGUCGGUCAAGGACGAGUUAUGA